GGGUGUGCACGCAUGCAUGGCUCUGUGAAGUGACGUAAAACUAGCGGUGUUUAAAAUGACAGCGACAGUUGUCUGAGUUUGAGUAAAACCUGAACCCUUUUCGUUGCCAAAGAGAAGUCGCGAUGGCGGAGCCGCGAGUAGAAAUCGAGUCGCUGCAUUUCUCCGUUGGUAUUUUGGGAAUCACUGGAGGUUCUUUACUGCUGCUAGUGAACGAUUAUGCACACUCUUCCGGAAACGACUUGAUCCCCAGUACUGCACUGGGAGUACUGCUACUCAUCAUUGCUGCCCUCUUGGCAUAUGCAGGAGUGCGGCGCAGCCUGUCCCACUCCCCGCUCUUCGUGUCUCUCUGUCUCUCCAUCUCCGCCCUGUGGUGUGGCUCAGGGCUGGUGUACAUUUUGGCAGGGGAGGGGGUAGUGAAUGGAGAGGCAGGGCUCAGGACGGCCAUGGUACCUGGGCUGGCUGCUUUCUCGCUGGUGCUGCUGGUCAUGGGGGUGGUGGGGGUUCUGCAGAGGGAGGUGGUCCUCUCCAUCAUCGCCUUCUCCAUCAGCCUGGCCUGCGCCCACCAGAUCGCCGGCCUGUUCGACGUGGGCUUUGGCCUGGGCGCCACCGCUGCCAACUACCUCCUGGUGUGCCUGGUGGGGGCGUACUUCGGAAGUGGCCGCCUGCUCAACUACAUCACCAAGGGGAAGGUGCAGCCACCAGGAACGGGUCUGCAGAAGAAGAGCAAGCUGACCCCUUCGCAAGCCCAGGAGCGCAAUGAUGCCGUGCCUACCGGCCUGGUCAUGAACCUGCUGUCUGCCAGCGUGCUGGCCUGCCCCCUGCUGGGCGUAGUGCCUCAGCUCACCCCCGGCCUGGUGCCAUGGCUGUGGAUGGCGGGUGUGUAUCAGCUAGGUGUGUGCAUCCUCUCCUACCGUGCCAUGGACACUCUGGCCGCCACCUUCUAUGGUUACACGUCAGUGCUGAAGUUUGCAGAGGGGUACAGCCUGCUGCUGAGUGAGUUCAACCACCAACUGUACUCUCCCGUGCCAUUCCCCACCGUCUUCUCGGUGCUGUUCUUCAUCCUGGCCUUGUUCAGCACACAGAAGAGCCUGGUGGAGUGCCUGUACCAGCUGUUCUAUGUGGCCUACUGCAUCGCCAUUGCUGCACAGCCACUGGGGUUCUUUCAGGCCGGCACACAGGGGGUGCAGGCAGCCAUCUUUGUUGCAUCCGCCCUCAUGCUGCUGGUUACCCUGCACAACAUGGUGUCACCUUGGAGGGUGCCCACAGGCGAGGGCCUGCUGAAGGCAGCGCUGACCCGCUCCCGCCACCUGAUCCUACGACCCCACGACAAGGACCUGCACGCCCCCUACCUGGGCUACUCCAAAUACGCUGAUGCUGAGGUGCUGGGUCAUGGCUGCAGUGUCCUUGCAGCCUUCGCCAUUACUGCCACGGUGGGUGCCAGCGGGCCCCUGGACGUGCUGAUCCUGCCGUGGGCCGUGGUGGCGGGUGGAGCCCUGCAGCUGCUGUGUGGCUCGGUGGCUUUCGCUCGGGGGAAGACGCUGGAGAGCACUGCCUUCAUCCUGUACGGCAUCAUGUGGACGGUGUGGGGGCUGACACGCUACGGCGGGCUCUACGGCGCCACCCGGGGGUUCAACGUGGCGGUGGGCAUUAUCUGCUUCAUGCUCUUCAACUGCUUCGUGACGGCCGGUGCUCUGUUCCUCAGCAAGGCCUGGUUCGCUUACGCCUUCACUUUCCAGCUCAUCCUCAUCAGCUUUCUGCUGGAUGCGGUGGAUGCCUUGCCUUAUGGUUACGAUAUCGCCGUCACCAUCAUCUUCGGCCUGGUUAGCUUCUAUUGCUUCCUGGCCAACCUGUUCAACAGCAGCUUCCAGAACCCACAGCUGCCCCUGGGCGACCCCUUCAUUAAGCUGAGCGGCUUUGGCGGGGGCAGGGAAAACUGCCCACAUGUGCCUGCACGGAAAGCCACCUCUGUUCAGCAGAUCGCAGAGAUCCUAAAGAAUGGUGGCACUUGUGGGAUGCCCACGGACACAGUGUACGUGCUUGUGGCAGCCUGCAACAGGCCUGAUGCAGUGGAGAAGGCCUACAAGAUUAAAGUGCAUGCCCAGGAUCGGCCCAUGUCCCUGUGGAUCUCCAGCAUUAAGCAACUAGAGCCUGCCAGACACCUGAUCAAUCCAGUGCUCUGGGACUUCAUGGAGGCUGCCUGGCCAUCCUCCAUCAGCAUGGUCAUCCCCAGAGGUACCUGGUUGGAUUGUUUUGGUCUGGGAGAAUCUGCAAAGUACAUCGGCACACCACAGAGCAUCGCUAUCCGAAAUCCAGACUGCACUGUGGCCACGCACCUCAUGGAUCUGGUGGGGCCCAUUGCUACAAUGUCAGCUAACCCAACAGGGGAAGCUGACACAACUCAUCAUAACCAAGUGUAUGCCAAGUUGGGGGAUAAGGUGGAUGGUGUGCUGUGUGAUGGCCCCUCACCAGAGAACAUUGCCUCUACAGUAAUAGACUGCACCAAGAUUGAGAGCGGCCACAUUGGCUUCUUCAGAGUUGGUGUCAUACCUAAGUCUCAGGUGCUCCGGAUUUUUGAGGAGGUGCAGAAGAAACACAUGACAGGGCAGGAGAAUCCUACCUUUGAGCCAGAUGUUUUGGAGCCCAGUGAGGAGAAGAAGGAGGAGCUUGAGAUUGAGACAACAAACCCAGCAAACCUUGGCCCUGUGAAAGAAGAGGAUGAGUCCUAGUCCUGUAGCUCCUGCUGUAUAUACAGUAUGGGACAGUCAUGUGAAUUAGUGGUAAAAGAACAGAACCACACCACAAGGUAGCCAGUUCAAAUUUCCUGUGGGGAUGCUAUGCUACAGUACCUCUCAGCAAGGUAGUCAACCAGAACUGCAUACAUAAAAACAGUAUAGUUAGUGUAGUGUUUAUAAAUGAUAUGUAUGCAUUAACAUUUAACUAUAUACUUUAUCUUUCCUGUAUGCUUGGUCUACGGACAAUUGAUUCUAUCCUCAGGCUUACUAAGAGCAGUAAUUUAUUACAUAGAUAUGAUGAGAAUAUUUUUAUUGAGCUAUUUGUACAAUUUGAAGAAAUAACGUAAAGUCAUUUUGUACCCUAUUCUGUAAUUGUACUAUUCUAUACUGUGUAAACAUGUUUUGAUGGUGUUAAACUUGUUUGUCAAGUGCAAAUAAAAACAAAAAACAA